AUGGCUCCUGCAAAUCUCAUCGAAAACAACCAGUUCCCGAUCUCUCUGUUCAACUCUCCAAUUGGUUAUGCUAAGAAUCCGCUUCUCUACGACCAGGACUCUACCAGAUCUUCCAUUUCCACGGCUGCCUCGUGGGAAGCAGUUACAAGACCUGUAGAAAAGUCGCCUGCUGCCAACAACUUCACUUUCGAUAAGUUGCCAUAUGAAAUACGACUCAAAGUAGCUAACGAACUCUCACAAUUCGACUGCAUCAAAUUACUCAGAGUGAACAAAGCUCUCUAUACUAGUACGGUACCGAGAUUGUACCAAUAUAUCGUAAUAGACCAGGACUUCAAUGUGUUCAACAAUGAAAAGGAAUACAGUUUCAGACAUUUUGAGUCCCGCCAGGACCUUGGAGGCACGGCUCGUCAGCGAAAGGAGUUCUCUUGCACCUACAUCAACAGUUCGUACAACUUCAAAAGAUUCAUCAAGGAGUAUAACACUAAAUUCAGCCGUGAGUAUAAAGAUAAUCGAGAAGAUGUAGAGUUUCCUCACAUCAAGAAGUUCGAGUGCAUCAACCUUCCGGACUCUCUCAACAUAUACGACUACGACUUAAACGCCCGCUUAAUACAGCUCUUCCAGAACUUUGUUCAUCUCAGACAAUUAAUCUGGAUUAACGACAACUUCCGGUUGGAGUUCUUGUACAAUAUGCCCCGCAAAGAACUAGUCCAUACCCUAAUUCUCAAUAUCAAGUUCAGUAAUUAUCUCAACGAGCUUCCUGAGGACAACGAGUUGGACGACUGUAGCAGGUUGAACUUCCCGAACUUGGUCAAUUUGCAAAUCCAACCGUUUCAGAACUCUAGAAAAUUGACAAAAAUUAUCGACAACUUGUUGGUGAACACAAACGAUUCUGUUCGAGUCAGUACCAAUAUCAGGGCAUUGGUUUUGUCGCGGUUUCACAAACAUGCUGAAGCUAAUAGUAACAACAAUAUCCUCUUGCCUAACAGUAGAGACCUCAUAUCGUUCAGAAACUUAGACAGCAUAACCAAUGGCGGAACGCAUUCUACAAUUCACUCCACCUUACACGAUAUGGAAUUGCAUUCACUAGCUGCUUUAUUCAAGAAUACAAAAUUGCAUCGUUUAUGUAACCUUUCGGUAUUGGCAUUAGAUAAUAUGUUGGUUAGUCCAAAUGAUGCCAAACUAUUCAUAGACUCAGUGAACUUGCCCAAUUUGAAAUCAUUAUUCUUGAAAGGAAUGUCUGAAUAUCAAAUUUUGGAUCAUAACGAAAUCGAUUCAGAAAUGGGAAGACGGCAACUCUUGACCAUGUUGCAACCCAGCUUUCUAGUACAAAUCAGCUAUCAUCUUACAGGUCUAAAGAAUUUAUGUAUUGAUUACAGAGAGGCUAUGGUGGACACAGUUCCUGAUUUCCUCCAGAACUUGCCAUAUGCAUGUUUAAAGUCUUUGGAAUUGGUAAUACGGUUGAACCACACGAUACCAUUGCCUACCGAGAGUGAUGAGAGGAAAUAUUUCUCACGCUACGCUGAUGCAAUAGUUAAUUUCAGUUGCAGUUUGACGAAGCUUUCCCUUCAGAUUCGUUCGGAAGUUGAUAACUAUCAGGAUAGUACCAACUUCAAUGUACUAGCGGCAAUCCCGAACAACACUGGGUUCUAUGAGAAAUUGUACAAGAUGCAGAAAUUAAAAGGGAUACGAUUAAAUCCAGGCGAUAAUGCCAACGAGGUUUUGGAGUUGGUUCGUCAUCUCAAGACUUUAAAAAAGGUAGAUAUAUUUGGCAGCAGGGCCGGUGGUUGUCCCAAUCUCGGUUUGGGUAUGAUACAUCCCAACAUCUACGAUGAGUGGUACAAAGUCCAGCAUGUAGCGUUGUUCUACUUGCAAUCUAAUCCCAACAUCGACUACAUCCGCAUCAAUUCGUUUAUCUUUGAGUGCGAUGGCACAACGUUGAAGAUCAACCCCAGGUACGGGAUAACCAGAUGGUUUGACAGCCAUGUGCGACCCACUUAUUCGUUAGAUUAG